UACCUAAUCAUUACUCCAGGGUCAAGUAAAGCUCUUUCCAUGUCUCCUUAUGUUAAAUCCCUGAAAACCAUUGAAGAACUGGCUCUUCAGAUCCUCUUGCUUUGCCAGUUUGGGGUUGGGACUGUGGCCAAUGUACUUCUCUUUGUCUAUAAUUUCACUCCAGUUUUGACUGGUUUUCAGCAGAGGCCCAGGCAGGUGAUUUUAAGCCACAUGGCUGUGGCCAAUGCCUUGAUUCUCUUCAUCACUACAUUUCCAAACAACAUGAUGGCUUUUGCUCAAAGAAGUUCUCGAACUGAACUCAAAUGUAAAUUAGAAUACUUCACUCAAGUGGUUGCAAGAUGUGCACAUUUAUGUUCUACCUGUGUCCUGAGUACCCAUCAGUUUGUCACUCUUGUUCCUGUUAAUAGAGGUAAACUUAUACUCAGAGCAAGUACCUCAAAUUUGGUGAGUUAUUCUUGUUACAGUUGUUGGUUCUUCAGUGUCAUAAUUAACAUCUACAUUCCAAUUAAGAUUACUGGUCCACAAAUAUCAGAUAAUAACAAUGACUCUAAAAGCAAGUUGUUCUGUUCUACUUCUGGAUUCAGUUUAGGCAUUGUCUUCUUGAGGUUUGCCCAUGAUACCAUAUUCAUGAGCAUCAUGGUCUGGACCAGUGUCUCCAUGGUACUCCUCCUCCAUAGACAUCGACAGCAAAUGAAGCACAUCCUCACUCCCAAUCAGAACCCCAGAGGCCAAGCUGAGACCAGAGCAACCCAUACAAUCCUGAUGCUGGUGGUCAUCUUUGUUAUUUUUUAUCUUCUAAAUUUUAUUUGUAUCAUCUUUUACACAUUUUUCAUAUAUUCUCAUCAAUUCCUGAGGCAUUUCAGUGAAGUUUUGGCUGCAGGAUUCCCUACUAUUUCUCCUUUAUUGUUGAUCUUCAGAGAUCCUAAGAAUCCUUGUUCUGUGUUUUUCAAAUGUUGA